UUACUGGGCAUCGAGACAAAGCUUUUGCUGGAGUUGAAGGAUAUCCAGGACAUAAAGAAAGAAAAGUCUAAAAGAGGAGUUUUCUCGGACGCUAUCAAGCUUAUAACCAAAGAUAAACAAGAGUACUUUUUCUCUAAUCUGUUCAAGAGAGACGAAGUUUAUGAAACGUUGAUCCAAUUGACAGGUUUAGCAAUGCAAAGAUUACUUAAAAAUACAUCGCUUGGGUCAUCUCCCGGUGCAGAAAUAAUAACUAUAAGCGAAACAGAAGAUAUGGCGCCGACAGAAAAGGAUAUUGCGGCAAUCAAAUCACUGCCGACCACUGAAGUUCAAAAACUUGUCCAGCCGUUGAAAAUGAAUCUUGCCAUGCAGAAACAAAAUGAGCUGUUUCGCAUCCACUUCAGACUUCCUGCCUCCGAAAACCUCAACUAUGAAGUUCCAGCCACAUACUUGCCUGAGAAGAAGGAAAAGGAAGAGAAACCAGCCGCCAAUGGAACUGAGCCAGCUGCUACUGACUUCACUGGAAGACUUUCGUUAUCAGAGGCAUACCUCACAUUUCAAUGUCUGGAAAAGCAAAAGACUUUGGAGUUUGUGUUGCCACUCUAUACCGUUCGCCGCGUAGAGCGUCUUAACGGUAAAUCUCAAAUUUAUUCACUAAAGAUGGUUACUUGGCAUCAAUCUGUUCAUGUAUUCAAUCUAAGCGGGUAAGUCCUACAUUAUGUCACAAACAAAUUAAUGCCAGAUUUACUAAUUCUACAUGCAGCCAAAAAGUUCAAUGCGAGCAAUUUUGUGAGGUACUUAAACACAAUCUCAAAAACCAGAUCAAGCAUAUGAAG